AUGCCUUCCAUUUCAGAUCUUGACUAUGACCAACCAGUUGGGAUUUCCUCCAAACAAAUCAAGACAGUUGCCAUAAUAGGUGGAGGAGCUUCUGCUGCCAUCACAUUGGAUUCCCUUCUUAGAGAGCCCAAUUCCAGUAUUAAGCACAUAACUAUCUUUGAGAGACAAGACAAACUUGGCGGAGUAUGGUAUUUCAACCCUAAAACUAUUAAAACACCAAAUCAUAUAAUAAAAUCGGGAAACAACAAUUUGCACAACGACCCACCCCUUGAUAAUCCUUUUCAUAUCCAUCGCUAUACUAAGAAAAUUAUUAUUCCCAAACACUCCCAAGAGAGGUUUGUGCAAACACCAAGUUAUCAUGGUUUAACCACAAAUAUCAUUGAAAAAAUGAUGACAUAUAGUGACGUCAAUAAUUGGGGAAUAUCAGGUGAUGAUGAUGAUGAUGAUGAAGAAGAAGAAAGAAAAUAUGUAGCCGGGACUGUUGUUCAAGAGUACAUUGAAAAAUACAUCGAGAGAAAUUUACACGACCCAAGAGUUGUACUCAAGUUAAAUACUACCGUUGAAGAUGUUGAAAAAGUCGAUAGAGAAAGGGAAAAUGAUAUUGGUGGUGGUGUCGAUUUACCAUAUAGAUUCAAAUUGACUUUACGCACUCCGCAUGACGAAAGAAACGAUUUUUGGUACCAACAAGAGUUUGAUACAGUGAUUGUUGCCAGUGGCCAUUACCAUGUUCCCUAUAUUCCGUUUGUGCCAGGGUUGGCAAAAGUACAAGAAUUGUUUCCUGAUGUGGUUCAACAUGCAAAGUUUUAUAGAGACUCUGCUGCAUACAAGAACAAAAGUGCAAUUGUUGUUGGGUCAAGAGCUUCCGGUAGUGAUUUGACGAAAUUUGUCGCUAGAGAACCAGGAACCACAGUUUAUCAAUCUUUUAGGGAAAUCGCAACUGCUCGUGUUCUUUCUUCAAACGCAAAUGUUUUUAAUAAGCCAGCAAUUAAAAAAAUUGAUGUUAUAGAAUACAAUGAACAUGAGCGUAAAAAGAAAUUUGGCAAAAACGGUACAGGUACAAAAACUUACAAAGCCUCCAACAAAAGUAUAAUUGUUACAUUUGAAGAUGAUUCUACAGUUGAGAAUCCAGACCAUAUUAUCUAUUGUACUGGUUAUUUAUUCUCGUACCCCUUCUUGAACAGACUUUUUAAUGAUCGUAUCACCAACGAGGGAGCAACAGUUCGAGACUUGUACCAGCAUACUUUUCUAAUCCACGAACCUUUAAUCAAUAUUAUUGGGGUGCCAAUAGAUGGUAUUUCAUUCCGAGUAUUUGAGUAUCAAGCUGUCUUACUAGCAAGAUACUUAACAGGCAAGAUCCAACUACCAUCUAGAAACAAGCAAUUACAGUGGGUGGCACAAAGAUUCGAAGAGAAACAAAACACUAGAGCAUUUCACACUAUUGGAGUUACCGAUGCGUUAGAUUAUGCUUUAACUUUAACGAAAUUGGGACAAGUCUCCGAGAAAACUUCUGGUGUGGGUCUGGGUACGGGUCUGGGUACGAGUCUGGGUACGAGUCUGGGUACGAGUCUGGGUACGAGUCUGGGUACGAGUCUGGGCCUAAAUUUAGGGCGAGAAUUUCCUGUGAUUACACCUGAAGACGUUGCAAUAUAUAGAGCCGCGGGUGAGCAUCUUCGCAAGUUCUGGGAUGAACGUUAA